AGCACCCAGAGCCCAGGUACUAAUCUGGCAAGUGUCAUUCGUACCAAUGGGAACUCGAGGUACCCUUAUCUCCCACCCGCAUGUUAAAACUUGCAGAACAACAACAACAUAGCCCUGCCUUGUAUUUGCAAGCCACUCAAGUGAUCCCAUUUCCUAAAAUGAGCAGUUGUUGGUAUUUGGAUGUAAGCUCAACAUUCAUCAUCUGCAGUAGGAAAUAAACGCUUACCAAAAAGGUGAGUGCGAAAAGGAAAUAACCAGGGAUGCGGAUUCGAGUGGUUCAGAUCUGGGGCUUCCUGAUGACAGUACUGGGUUGGAUCUUUGUGGCUUGCACCAUGGCCAUGGAGGGUUGGAAGAUCAGCUCUGUCGGGGGCAUGGGAGGCUCCUCCAUUUUGAAGGUGGCCUGGUACUGGUCAAGUCUGUGGAGAUCUUGCUUUACAGAUUCAACAGCUGUUAGUAACUGCUACGACUUCCCCGUGCUCUGGUCCGUGGAAGGCUACAUUCAGAUUGUGCGAGGCCUGCUGAUGGCUGCUCUGUCCCUGGGCAUGCUGGGCUUUGUGCUCAGCUUGUUGGGCAUGGAGUGUACCUUCAUAGGGGGGGAAGACAAGUCAAAAUACAAGAAGAUCUACACUGGCGGUUGGUGCCACAUAAUCAGUGGUUCACUGUCCACAAGUGGAUAUGCUGUUUAUGCACAAUAUGUCUCGGUAGAAUACUUCAACCCAAACUUUAUUGGACUUAGGUUUGACCUCGGCACCCCGCUGUUCCUCGGUUGGGUUGGCUCCGCCUUUCAAAUGGCCGGAGGUGUUUUCUAUUUGUGGUCCGUGUGCAGGCCACUAUUUGGACAAGUACAAACGGUGAUUGUCCGAAAAUUACCAGAUGUGGAAAAAGACCCCAAAACCAAGUCCACCACAGAGCUGUCCUCGGUAUCUGGAAUCACCUCCAAGUCCAAAGCAUCCUCUGUAUCCGAGCUGUCAUCCGUGCCUUCCAACUUGUCCGCCAUCUCUUCGGGAUUGACAUCUGGAAGUUCAGUCCAAUCAGAGCGCGGGUCAAGCACGAUGCGAACAAACACUUCUGCCAGUUCAGUGUCAGCUUCAGAGUCUGGCCGCUUGUCCAGAUCCAGUGCAUCAGCACUGUCCGGGUCACGUAGCAUCCGCAGCAGUCGUAUGUCAUCAUUGUCCGGCGGCUCGAGGAGUCAGACAGCGGCUUUCCUAAAGAACUCCUACAUUUGAGUGACACAGACUUGCAUUAAUGACUUCAGAAGACCAGUGUGGCGCUGUUCUUAAGGCUGGAACGCUGUUUACGACAUGUUUGUAUUUUUUAAUGGAGUAAAUGUACCCAGCUAUGUUGCAGUCAAGACCCUUUGACCAAGACGUCAAUACCAAGCCAUGACAAGUUGAGUCCCCCAGUCAAGACAAAGACUAGGCAAUUAAAACCAGGUUAAGACUUGUAUGACAAAGUUUGUAGAAGUUUAUAGAAUGCAAGCAAACUAAAUUACACCAAUUUCAGGAGAUGAAAAUCCACCACUUGUCAAAGAACAUUUGAUUUUUCUCCCCCUUACCUAAAAACAUUAUGUUAUGAGGAGGCGCCUUCAGUGCAGGAAUCUCUCUUGGUUCGUGGCCUGGAGUAAAAAAAACAAUUGUCAGUGUUAGCACGUAUAAUAUCCAAGUACUUAUCGGGCUGUUUCACAAAAUUUGACUCCUACUUGUGUACACUGCAUGCAUUAUUUCAACAAACAAAUCAUACAAGGCAUUCCUGGACCGGUUGACAACACCUGCUCUAACCCAGCGAGCAUUUUAUUCGUUGCCCAGAAAACGGAGCAGAUUUGCGGUGAUGAAUUGCGGCAGUGCCCCCUACCGGCAAAGUUGCUGAACUGGCAGUGGGGUUUUCCUUCACCCGAGAUGCGAGGAGAAUAUCCUGUGAUUAAAAUAAAAUAUGUUUGAAUACAUGUCUAUAUUUUGUAGUAGUUUUAUAAGUUGUUGUAUGGCAACUGAUGUAAACAUUGUGUUUUUAACCAAAUGUAGUUCUAACAAUUUACAGCUUGAUAACAAUUCAUAGCUUUGAAUUUAAGCAGCAAAUUAUAAUAGAUGUGCAAAUUUUUGUUUUUUGUGAGUGUAGGAAAAAUCAAAGGUCUUGCUUUAAUGACGACAUAAGUUCAACAAACUGCCCAUUGUAAAUGUUUCUUGUUACUAGGCGAAUAAAAAUUAAAUAAAUUAAAUAAAUCAGUCUCCAAUCUUGAAGGUUGUGGGUUCAAUCCCCAAGCCCGGUGAUCAUGUCAAAGUGUCGUUGAGCAAGACACUGAACUUUAUUUUGCUCCCAGUAGAAAAACACAAUAUUAGAUUGAAUACCAUGUAGUGGAGAUGAAUACAAGAAAU